UUUUUUUUUGAUCUGCAAAGAUUAAAACUUUAGUGUAUUGACUGAUAAAGAAAAUGGUUUGACUGAUUUUUACAUUCGUGGAAUAUUUUUUCUUGGAUUUGUUUGAGUGUUUUUAGUAAGUAAUGGAAUCAAGAAUGGAUCAUUAUGAGAUCAUGGAACAAAUUGGGCGUGGAGCAUUUGGUGCUGCUAUUCUAGUUAAUCACAAGCAAGAAAGAAAGAAGUAUGUGCUAAAAAAGAUUCGAUUAGCUCGACAAACGGAACGGUGCAGGAGAUCUGCUCAUCAAGAGAUGGCACUAAUUGCUCGGCUUCAACACCCAUAUAUUGUUGAAUUUAAGGAAGCAUGGGUAGAGAAGGGCUGCUAUGUUUGCAUUGUUACCGGCUAUUGUGAAGGUGGUGAUAUGGCUGAACUGAUGAAAAAAGCAAAUGGGCAAUAUUUUCCAGAAGAGAACCUUCUGAAGUGGUUCACUCAAAUACUGUUGGCUGUGGAAUAUCUGCAUUCAAAUUUUGUACUGCACCGUGACCUUAAAUGCUCAAACAUCUUUCUGACCAAGGAACACAAUGUUCGCCUCGGGGAUUUUGGCCUUGCGAAAACGUUGAAGGCUGAUGACUUGGCUUCUUCAGUAGUUGGAACUCCCAAUUACAUGUGCCCGGAACUUCUCACAGAUAUCCCAUACGGCUUUAAAUCAGAUAUUUGGUCCCUAGGCUGCUGUAUGUAUGAAAUGGCUGCUCAUCGCCCUGCAUUUAAAGCAUUUGACAUGGCAGGACUGAUAAGCAAAAUUAACAGAUCAUGCAUUGGUCCGUUGCCACCUUGUUAUUCUCCGUCCUUAAAAACAGUCAUUAGAGGAAUGCUGAGGAAGAGCCCCGAGCAUCGGCCUACUGCAUCGGAACUCCUGAAGCACCCAUAUUUGCAACCUUAUGUUGAUCAGUAUCGACCAUCCUUUAGUCCCCCUCCGUUAAGUUCUCCUGAAAAACCUCUCACUGCUGGUCGUGACUCCAGAAAGAAUAUGGUGGAAAGCCAAAGUAGUACCAGUUCAUGCAGUGAUAAAGAUAGUUCGAAGUCGAGCGAGAAGAACUUGCAGGAAAUGGCUUGCGAUGAUGACCAUAAAGGCAGUAACACGAAUGUUGCCUUUGUUGAUCACGAAGACUUUGAGCAACAUUAUGGAGUCGAUGCAUAUCCUGAAGAUGCAGAGAACUAUGAAUCUAGGAAUAUUUUGCAUGAAGAGAAAAAAUGUGAUACAGAAGCUAAGCAACCCACAACUAUAAAAAAUAUUAUGUUGGCUUUGAAAGAGGGAAAACUGAAAGAACAUAGUUCCCCAAUGAGGAGCGGAAAGACAAAGGUCGGUGGUACUGGUGCAAACAAAGCUAAGAUUGAAGCAUCACCGAAAGUUCAAAAACCGAGUUCACCUACUCCUACCUCUAAAUCUAACGCACAGACACCACCUCCUGCAUCAAAGCAGAAUGAAGGAAUGCAUACUCUGAAGAAUCAGUUGCCAACCGCUGAGUCCACCCCGAAGACUAAACCAAGAAACGAGGGAAUAUCUCCGUCUGGCACUAUAAGACAAGUCGUCGAUGAUAGGUUACCUACAAGGCCAAGACAGAGAACACCACCUAACCUGACUAAGCAACCGUCAUUUUCUGGAAGGCUACAGCAAGUGGAUCAUGAUGCCCUGAAUACCGCGAACAAUGAUGUAAAGUGUGGUCCAAAUAACCAGUCGCAUGACCCUGAAAGGAUUCCUAAUUCUUCUCCUGAUGGCUAUCAUAUACAUGCGAGAAAGAACGGUCCUGAAGGAAUUCCUAUUUCUUUUCCUGAUGGCAGUCAUAUACUUGCCAAAAAGAACGGGAUGCUACAUUCUCGAAAAGUUUCAUCAGGAGCUUCAAAAGGAACGCAAACAGAGAGCAGCAAUUCUGCUUCUUCUUCAGUGUCGAUCCAAGGCUUUGGCCUUUGUGAUGAAGCAACAAAUCAUUUUAUUAACUUGUCCAAACAAACGCGUGGAAAUCAUGAACAAGCUGCUGAAACCGAAACAGUAGGAUCAAGACCUUCCUUUUCAGUUACUACAUCAUCACACUCAGAUAAUGCUUAUAGUUCAAGGGGAAACCAGGACGAUAACCAGAAAUUUGAAGCAGGCUCCACUGAAAAUUUUGAGGAGAAUCAUCGAAGUUUGGACGUUGGUGCUUGCGAAGAGAGAUCAAGUUCGUAUGUAGCUGCGGAUACUGUAUCUCCGCGCUUGAUAGAGGCUGCUCUUUGUGAGGGUGAUUCCAUAACAAGCAAGCCUGAUACUGUGUCUGAUAUUUUGCAUCUGAUGGACCCCAGUUUAAUAUCCUGUGGUGACGAAAAGUCUAUAGCAAGGUCGUCAUCCUCCACAACAAAAAGUGUCUCUCCUGCUACUCCACUCGUUUCCUCGAGCCAAAACAAUCUUCUCCACUCUAACCUUACUUCAAAAGCCAAUGGCGAUGGCAAGCUUUUUCCCAAGGAACUCUUUUCCUCAACACCCGAAAGUGCCUCCCCUUCCACCUCUCCUAUUUCAGCCAGCCAAACCAAGGGAAGUGUUCCACCGAAUGUGGUUCUUGAAAAAGCAGCUUCGUCUCAGCUCAAACCAGCUUUUGAUGAUAUCAUACAUGUCAUAAGGCACAGUAGUUUCCGAGUGGGUAUUGAGCAACCAGUGAUUGACGAUUUGGAGAGAAAUGUUGAUGUUGGGAAACUUAUGAAUGUGGUAAGAGAUGAGCUUGAUAGAAAUCUAGGGUCUCCUAUUGCUUCCAAAUCGUCUACUUCUGGAUUGAUGAGUGUUAAAUCCAAUAUAUCGGAUAAUGUCCAUAAUAAGGAAAUGGAUGUUAGAAACCCGAGCAGUCCCAACUCUUCAGGUCUAGAUUUAGUUUCUUCAGAACCAGCAAAGACCAACACAACACUCGUGGAGGAGGAACGACCAGUAAAGGAAAUAUUAGAUGUCAAAUCUUUUAGGCAGAGAGCUGAGGCACUUGAAGGGCUGUUAGAAGUAUCGGCUGACUUGUUGGAGAAUAACAGAUUAGAAGAGCUCUCUGUUGUUCUUAAACCAUUCGGGAAGGACAAGGUGUCGCCGAGGGAGACAGCUAUCUGGUUGGCUAAGAGUCUAAAAGGAAUGAUGCUCGAUGAUUCUGCACGAAAUUCAUGAUACAGUAUGGAGAUUGAAUGUUCAUCACUUUCAUUAGUGUAUCUCUCCACUUUGUAGCUUUUAACUUUUUGAAGCUUCAAUUUCCAAUUGAGUCUUUCGGCCUCUAGUAUGUUAGCAAUUCUUUCUUUCUAGUAAUUGUAAAUAGAGAGCAGACAAAUCUGAACAAUUUUUUGUUCCGCAAAAGUAAGAAUGUCUUGUAACAUUACCUUUUACUUACUACUAUCACGAUUUUGAUAUGUUGUACUCUGCUGU